AUGUCCAACACCGAAUACAAGUUUGAAGGAUGGGCCGGAUUCGGACCUGAUUCCGUUGAAGGUAACCUCAAGUUCAUCGAAUAUGAGCCUAAACAAUUUGCAGAGGAUGAUAUCGACAUUGCUAUAAAAUACUGUGGUAUAUGUGCAUCAGAUAUUUCCACGCUAUCGGAGGGCUGGGGCGAGUUGAAGGACAUGUGGCCUCAAGUUGUGGGACACGAGAUCGUCGGAGAGGUAGUCAGAGUAGGAUCGAACCCUCAAAACGGUAUCAAAAAAGGUGAUAUCGUCGGUAUCGGUGCCCAGUGUGACUCUUGUUUACAAUGCCACUACUGUAACAAAAACAAGGAGAACUACUGUUCUAAGGGAAUGACCGGAACUUACAAUGGUAAAUUCAGUCGGACUUCCGAAGGUUCCAAAUCCUAUGGUGGAUAUGCCAACUACUGGAGAGGUCCAUCUCACUUCGCCAUUCCUAUUCCCAAGGAGCUCGACCCAGCCGAAGCUGCUCCCUUGUUGUGCGGUGGUGGUACCGUCUAUUCACCCUUGAUUGAACAUGGUGCUGGUAAACAAGCUAAGAACGUCGGUAUUAUCGGUUUGGGCGGAUUAGGUCAUUUCGGUGUCACUUUGGCUACUGCUCUCGGUGCCGAAGUCACUGUGAUCUCCCACUCAGCCAGAAAACAGAAGGAUGCCGAAGAGUUGGGCGCCAAACAUUUCUUGAUCACUGGUGAUGACGAAGCCAAGGCUUUUAAGGGCCACGAGAGAUCCCUCGAUCUGAUCAUCUGUACUUCUAAUGCUCCUGACAUGAACAUGCCAGCCUAUCUUUCCCUCCUUCGCCCAGGUGGUAAUUUCAUCUUCGUCGGUAUUCCCGAAGGCGGUCAGGUCCCCACCAUACCUCUCUUUGCCAUGGUCAUGGGAAAUGUUCACAUCGGAGGAUCCCUCAUCGCUUCCCCUCAAACCCUUAAAGACAUGUUACAAUUAGUAGCGGACAAGAAGGUCAAACCGUGGAUCCAGAAAUGGUCAAUGGACAAAGUCAACGAAGCUGUUCCAUCUAUGAUUGCUGGUAAUGCCAGGUACAGAUACGUCUUGGUCAACGAGAAGAACGGUGGUAAAUUAUAA